AUGACAACUAAUGAAGAAACUAUUUCUGAGCAGUCUCAAAUUUAUCCAUUAAAGGAUACCACCUCAUCUACUGAUAAAACCAUGAAUGAUUCUUUGGAAAAAGCCGCAUUUGGCCGGAAACAUCUAAGACGACGUUCAUCAUUAUUUUUUAGAAAUACGGAAGUGAAUAAUGCCGUUCCUGACGACGUAUCAAAUUUUAACUGUCGUAGUAGCAGUGGAAAAACGCUUGAAGGAAAAGUGAUUACUUUGGGUAACAAGCGACGUACAUCAAUGAAUUUACGGAAAUCGAUUUAUAGGACGAGGUCAAAGGUUGCACCAAGAAAGUUUGAGAUAACUUGCGAGCCUCCACCGGUAUCGUUGAAGCCCAUCUUGCUAAAUAUUACUCAGAAAACAGUUCGACGUAUAACAAUGAAAGCAAAGGGAUGGAAUAAGCAUAAACGCGUACAUUUCGAUUCAGUCCCGCACGUUCAUGAGAUUACUCCACGUUCUGGGAAGAUACCUGGAGUUGUGAAAAUGCCAGACUCUCCACCAACCGUAAAAGAAUUAGUUAUUAAAGAAAUUGCUAGCGACAAUAAAGAAUUUGACAUACCCACUACUCAGUCUGUUAUUUUGCAAGACACCACCACGAAUACGUUUCAAAAUGAGAUAGUUAGGUUUUUGCCUGCCAUAUCUCAAACUUUUCAAUGUCAUUUAGAUGAGGAAAAGAUUGUUAACGAAUGUCUGGAAGCGAAAAAUGAUGAAGGCAGUAGUGACGCAGUCGAUAAUGAUGAUCAUACACUACAAUCAAAAAAGCGAGGUGUUGGUCAUUAUAUGAACCGAAAAAGAGCUGUAAAUCGUUUCGAGGUAUCGGAUUUAUCAGAAACAGUUAAAAGACCCAAACGACGUGUUGAGGAAAAAGCAAUUACAUGGGUGCGUGGAGACCGAUUGCGAAAUCUUUCCUUAGGAAUAAAACAGGACGUAAAUGAUGAUAAAGAAAAUGCGAAUUUAAAUAUAUUAAAUGACAAGCAGAGUAAUGAUGAACAGAAGUGCAAUGAAGCAUCUGAUAGUCUGCAACAUUUACGUGCAUCUUUAUUGGUUGUCCCACGUACAGGACCAAAAGCAAAAGUUAAGAAAUGGCUGCAAGACCUACCAAACCAAUGGUGUCAUCAGGCUCAUGAGGAAGAUGCAUUUAUGUGGAAUCAACAGGAACAGAUCACUGAUGAAAGUAUAGCAAAGUGCGAUAGUAUAUUGAUACAAAAGCACUCAUUACGUAGGCAAAGCUUUGGAGGAUUGCCAAAGAAACAGGAUAAAGGAAAUAAGUCUUGUCGGAAGUCACUGUUGUUUCAGAAAACGGUUAGCAAAUUAUCAGGUCCGAAUCGCUCUCAAACGAUCAUAGUAGGAGAAGUAAAAGGAAAUGUAUAUGGGGAAAGUUCGUUCUCAAACCUCACGUGUGCGGAAAAUGUUGAUCAGACCCGUUGCUGCUCUGCUUCAGCAGUGUCUUGCAGUCGAAAUACUGAUGAGGUGGAUGAUGAGGUAGUACUCCUAGACGAUCAAGGAUUGACCAAUAUACCUGGGAACUCGCUAAUUUUCUACAAGAAUAAAAUUGACACGAGAAAUACUAGACAAACGACAACCAAUAAAGCAGAGACAGUCAUGAAGAGUUCUUUAAUUUGUGGUGACAAACUUGUCGGUGAGGAAAUGAACAGUUUGCUAAGGCAUGAGAAGAAAACAGUUUUCAUGGAUGAGAUGGAUUUUGCACCUUUUCCCAGCGUUUCGAAUAUUGGAUACGCUGAAAUACUAUCUGUUAACUAUGACUUACCAUGUGAACUUCGUCAGCACCAGAUACCUAAGAUGGUUUUAUACAAUAAUAAUAAUACAUUUCAAAUAUCAUUCCGGAGAAAGAGCUUUUGUGAAGAUGAAUUAGAACAGAAUGUUGGUUCACACAUCCCACUGAGAUCCAGAAGUGCAAGAAAGAAAUUGUCAAAAAGUGGGAGAUGGAACUCGCUCACUGAAGAACUGCAAGAGAAUACUUGGAGUGAAGCAUUGAGACCAAUGGAAACUGAUGAAUUAAUUAUUGAUGGUCCCACCGUUCGUAAACUGUGUGACUGGAUUAAUAUGUGGAAAGAACGAUUGCGAAAAAGCAGGGAUAAUAAGAAAGAUAUAAUAGUACCUAGUCGACGGAAAAAACGUGAUUCGGACUCCUUCGAUUCGUGUGAUUCUGAUGAGGUAGAGCAAUUGUGCAAUACUGCUAUCAUAUACGGUCACUGUGGUAGUGGCAAAACAUCACUGGUUUAUGCAGUUUCGAAGCGUUAUGAAAUGCAUGUUUUAGAAAUUGCAUCUAAUGAAAAGAGAAAUGGCUUGCAGCUGAAGUGUAAGUUGCAAGGAGCUACACAUUCUCAUAAGUUUCCGAUGUCUACAAUGGUAAAUCAGAUGUUCUUCCGAAAUGAAAAGAAUGAUGGAAAGAUGAUUGAAGAUUCCAUCAUUUUGGUUGAUGAUUGCGAUGUAAUAUAUGAUAAGCAUGAUGACGGAUUUUGGCCCGCACUAAGAGCUCUAUGCAGAGAAGCUCGUACACCAAUUAUCAUUAUUUGUGAAGACAUCUCUCUUGUUCGUAGACAGUUAGGAUUUGAAGUACCUGUUCUCAUAUUUUCCUUAAUUAGACCAGAGGUACAGAGCGUUUCUUCGCAUCUUCAGAAACUUUGUGCUGCUCUAGACAUCAGUGUUUGUUCCGAUACCUGUUGUGCUCUGGCUGAGCAGUAUAACGGUGAUUUGCGGGCAUGUAUCAAUCAGCUUCAGUUUUACUCUGGAGAAGAUAGCAAUAAUUGUUUAAGAAUGUUGAUGAAAAGAUUAAGGAGUGAGGAGCAAACGGAAUUUGAAGCACUAUCCAAAAAGUGCCAUUUCAUUUCAUAUAAUGUCAUGUUACGCCACGACCAUUCAUACGAACCGAGAACAAUUCUUUCAUUGACGGAUCGAGAGGAGGAGGAUUUACAUAAUGUAGAGAAGAGUGAUAUGCAUGCUGCAGUGAGAAUUACUCGUUCUGUGCUACCUGCAACUGAGUACUUCCCUUUGAACGAUGUGAUACUUGAUUACAUACCAUAUCUGUGCAUUAUGGAUAAAGCAUCUCGUGCCAAAAUGCCUGCCUGUCGUCGCGCUCAACAUUAUUUUGAUGAAUUACACGGUGACUCACAAAUAGAUUCCAGUGGUACUCUGAAAAAUGUUUUAACCCAAUAUUAUUUACUAAAUUAUUGA